CAAGAAAAGAUGGUUAUGCUGUAAAUGAACUGAAGCUGGCCUUUAACCAUCACUGAAUCCAGUAUGUGUGAGGUCCAGGCCACUGUGGAAUUUUCUGUAGAGCUCCACAAGUUUUACAAUGUGGAUCUGUUCCAGAGAGGCCCUGACCCGUCGAGGCAUGGACUCCACUAGAUCCCUGAAGGUGUGCUGUGGUAUCUGGCACAAAGACGUUAACAGCAGCUCCUUUAAGUCCUGUAAGUUGCGAGGUGGGGCCUCCAUGGAUCGGACUUGAUGGCCAGCACACCCCACAGAUGUUCGAUUGGAUCUGGGGAAUUUGGAGGCCAAGUCAACACCUUGAACUCUUUGUCAUGUUCCUCGAACCAUUCCUGAACAAUUUUUACAGUGUGGCAGGGCUUCAGCAUUAUCCUGCCGAAAGAGGUCACUUCCAUUAGGGAAUACCAUUGCCAUGAAGGGGUGUACCUGGUUUAGGUAUGUUUAGGUAGGUGGUAUGUGUCAAAAUAGCAUCCACAUGAAUGCCAGGACCCAAAGUUUCCCAGCAGAACAUUGCCCAGAGCAUCACACUGCCUCCACCAGCUUGCGUUCUUCCCAUAGUGCAUGCUGGUGCCAUCUCUUCCCCAGGUUUUAUCAGGUCCGUGGCAAUAUGAAAGUACCUCCUCGGAUCCCUCACAGAAUAGAGACCAGUCUCCUCCAUCCCACAAUGUUAUGCUCCAUUUUAUAGAUUCAGAUAUGGUCAUUCCUGCAUCGGUGCAAGGUGAUGUCAUCUACAGCAAAACCUUUCAGAUUCUUUACAAGAAUGAAGAAAUAGUAGUCAACGAUGUUCUCAUAUUUAAGGUGAUGAUGCUACUAGAUGAGAAGAAGGUGGAAGAAUCCCUAAAUGAUAUGGAUUUUCAGCUCUCUCUGGACCUCUACUUUGCAGAUGGUGACUACAUGCCAGAGGAUUCUAGGUCACUGCAGAGUAUCAGCAGUCGGACUUUGCGAUUGCAUUUUAGUCUCCACAGAGGCAUUCACCAGCACAUCAAUGUCAUGUUUGACUACUUUCACCUAUCAAUCAUCUCUGUCACCAUCCACGCCUCUCUGGUGGCACUGCAUCAACCUCUCAUUAGUUUCCCCCGGCUUGGGAAAAGCACCUGGCUGAACCGCAAUGUACCAGCACAGGGCAAAGACCUCCUGAUCCCCACGCUGGAGACCGUGGUAUUUGGCUGCACCUAUGUCAAGCAGCUGUCCCCAGAUGGCAAGACCUUCCUGGUGUCAGAGCAAUGUCUACAGCAUGCCUUCAACUUGCACCAUAGCCUAUGUGCCAGCUUGCUGCUGGCCUACCAGGGCCUCUUUGAGUACUUCAUGGCUCUUACCAAGAGCCUCCCUUCCUCUCACCGCAUGGAGCUUGCCAAGCCCAGCAUGCAAGUCCUUUAUGAGCGAGUUCUAAGAAGACCUUUUCCCAGGGGCCAAAGGCACAUCCACAUAGAAAAACUGGAUGUGGAAGCCCGUCUCCAUGAGCUUUGCGAACAUGUCAAGCAGAAGGCAGAUAGCCCAGAUGAGCUUGCUGAACUAGUUAAUAUGAAUCUUGCACAGUUGUGCUCUCUGCUGAUGGCUCUGUGGGGCCAGUUCCUGGAAACAGUCUCCCUGGAUGACAAUGUCAUGGCACUGUUGGCCCAAGAACAUCACAUCCUCAGGGUACAGAGAUUUUCUGAGGCUUUCUUUUGCCUUGAGCACCCUAGACAGGCUGCACUGGCCUUCCAGGAGAUGCAUGCACAUAGCCACCAACAGAUGACUGGAGUCAUUAAGAACUCAUCGUACUUUCUUUCCCUACCGCCACUUCCUGUGGAAUGUGCGGAACUAGAUGGAGAUGUCAAUUCCCUGCCAAUCAUCUUUGAGGAUCGAUAUCUGGAAUCCGUUAAAGAGGAUCAUGAUGGUCCAUGGCUUGGUCUACCCCAUCCCAGGAGUGGCUCUGGACCUACUAAACCAGAUAAGCCCAUUUUAAAAGAGCUCAGUGUUGGCAGAAUAGGUGCUCUCAGUCCUUACCCAGAAAUCCAUCAAGCUGCUUUAGUCACUAACUGGCACAAGGAGAAUGAGCCUCCUAUAAAAUCCAAGGCCAAGUCUAUCAAACUGAGGAAGAACACCAAGACUGAUGACUCUAAGAAGCUGAUAAGACAGUGCUCAAAGGACUCUGUGAUUUUGACAGGCUACAAGAACCUGAAGGUCCUUCAUGAUGAACCAGAUGACAAGUCCAAAGAAAACUUUCAGUGCAGUGAGAAAGAGAAACAAGAAUAUUUGGUUGGAGAUCCCAGAAGCAGGUUAAGCUCCAUGUCCAAAUACAUGAAUCAUAAUGACACUAGAACUUAUAGGCUCCAUACAGAACAUCUUAUGAAUAACAGCCAGUCUAACACUAUCAUUCAAAGUGACAGUUUCACAAAUCUGAUAAGUUCACAAGCACAGACAGGAACUGAAACUGUAGCCACAGAGGGCAAAGCAACAGAGGGAGCCAAUAUUAUGGUCAUACCUGCUGGGCUUCAACAUAUUGACGUCAAACCUAGUGAUAGAAACCCCUACCAGGGCGAUAAGGUCACUGUCUUAUUUUCAAACCCCAGUGGUCCAACACUGACAAUGGGAGGUAUUCCAGUGAUUACACAAAAAGAUUGCUGUGAGUCCAAGCCUCAACAUAGAGAGAAUUGUGGUAAGAGAGAGAUCAUGGAUAUGGGGUCAGAUUGCGCUAUCACACUGAGGAGUUACUGUUUACCUAGUGCAGCAUCAAGACUCUCAGAUUCAGGCAUUGAGAGUGAGCCUAGUUCUGCCACAUUGUUAGUACCAGGUCCUCAAACUGUUUCCAGUUUUGCUGAAGUGAAUCCAGACUGGGUCUCACUACAAGUUAAACAGACCACUACUAAGUGUCAGAGUGUUUCCCUCAAGCCAUCUCAUCUCAGCAUUGCUUCAAAAGGGUCCAUUGGACCAGAGGGGCCAAACGCUGAGAGUACUAGUGGUGUGAGUGGCAUCCAGUCUUCUCUAACCUCCAUAAACUCACUUCCCUUAGAUGAUGAGAUGGAGACUGAGGUUCCAUGCCGAUUAUCCAGUGUUAUUGUGCAGGAGCAGGCCUUGGUUUUCUCUGAUAGAUCUGACAUCAGUAUCCCUUUCCAUGCCACCAGCCCAACCAGGUCCUUAGUUCAGCAAGAAGCCUCUACCUGCCAUGUUGAUGAUCCAGCAGUUCACAAGGAUGAGGCUUCUGUUCUUCUGUCCCUCUGCAAAACUUUUGCUUCUCACAAGAUAUCUGAGUCUGCAAAGCUUGGAACCCCUGUGGGGGAAGAUACUGGGCUAGAAGUCAGCAUUGAUAUGCAGACUGCAGCACAAUCUAGUACAUCAGCCACCAGUAGCACAGACUUGGUAAAGAAAGGCUUAGUGGAGAAUUAUUUUGGUUCAUAUUCCAGCACUGAUAUUUCUGAGAUAAGCCCAGAGGAAACACCGGCCAUUAUGCUGGGCAUCCAGACAGGUGUCCAUUCCACUGAAGAAGAACAAGAACAAGAAGAUAAGCCAAACCAUGAGAUGAUAGAAAAUGGCUACUAUGAGGAGACAGAUGAGCCAGUCUAUGUCAAUGGUCUGCCAGAAUUGAAGAGAAGAAGUGGAGAGGGGAAUGGCAGUGGGACCUCAGAAGCUAGGAGCCCUUUUUAUGGGCAUGGGAAUUUGGAGCAGCUCAGGAAUAUGCAUUUUCCCUGGACCUACUUGCAAACUCAACCCCCCAAACCACUGCAGACCAGUACGAUUCUGCACUGGUAUGAGAGCUCCCCUCCUGCCCAGAUGAAAGUAUUUGCCAAGGCACGAGAGGAGCUGAAGAAGCUUAAACUGCCAGGAUUCCUGUACAGUGAAGUGGCUGAGUUGGCUUCAACUGUGCCAUAUUUUAGCCUUGAUGAGGAUGAGAGCUGCGAUGAGGGUGUUCACCUCAUUGUGUGUGUCCAUGGCCUAGAUGGUAACAGUGCAGAUUUAAGGUUGGUGAAGACCUACCUAGAGCUGGGCUUGCCUGGAGCUCGUAUAGACUUCUUAAUGUCAGAGCGCAACCAGAAUGACACUUUUGCUGACUUUGAUUCUAUGACUGACCGACUUUUGGAUGAAAUUGUACAAUAUAUACAAAUCUACAAUCUCACAGUUUCUAAAAUAAGCUUUGUGGGUCAUUCUCUGGGAAAUGUGAUAGUGCGCUCCGUGUUGACAAGGCCCAGGUUUAAGGGCUAUCUUAACAAACUUCAUACCUUCCUUUCACUGUCUGGCCCACAUCUUGGCACCCUCUACAACAGCUCAGCCCUCGUCAAUACUGGACUGUGGUUUAUGCAAAAAUGGAAGAAGUCUGGCUCACUAUUGCAGCUGACUUGCCGUGAUCACUCAGACCCUCGGCAGACAUUUCUCUACAAGCUAAGCAAGAAGGCUGGUCUUCAGUUUUUUAGAAAUGUGGUGCUGGUAGGCUCUCUGCAGGACCGUUAUGUGCCCUAUCACUCUGCUCGCAUUGAGAUGUGCAAAACAGCCUUAAAAGACAAGCAGAUGGGGCCAGUGUAUGCUGAGAUGAUUGAGAACUUACUAGUACCUGUGCUCCAGAACAAAGACUGUAACCUGGUGCGAUACAAUGUCGUGCAUGCGCUGCCCAACACAGCCAACUCUUUAAUAGGUCGAGCAGCCCACAUUGCUGUUCUGGAUUCUGAAAUAUUCCUGGAGAAAUUCUUCCUGGUAGCUGGACUAAAGUUCUUUCAGUAGCUGCUUAGGACAGAAGAAGAUGGCACAAAUACCUCCCAAUGUUGAAAUAGACAUUCUUGAUGGCCUAUCACCUCUCAAUGGCCUAUAUUUUGUUCUUAAUGUUUAGAGGGUUUUUUUUCAGCUCAUCUUAAAAUGCAGUAUUCAUAUUUUGAAUUUUUGUAUUGCCAUUUUUAAAAAUAAUUAUUUUUAGUAUUCUGUUCAUCAUGAAAAUAGUUAAUUGUAAAUAUGUUACAUGUGUUUCAGUGUUAUUUAAGUUAAACAUAUUUUUAUGUCUAAUGGGAAAAAAAAGUUUUGAAUUUGUUUAGUUAAACUUUGUUGAUACUGAACUGGAAAUUUAGCUGCUAAAAUAAUGUAACAUAUUUGACAUAGCUUACUGAAGGGCCACUUUUGUUGCGAAUGGUCAUGUUCAGCAGAACUUAAAUGUAUCAGGGUAUCUGCUAUCCAAACUGCAUUAGAUAUUUUUUCAAUCAGUACAUGCAUUUUUUUUUGAGACAGCCUUAUAAUUUAGGUUUUAUAUGAUGUCUUGUUUAGACAUUGCAGUGUCAUGCACAACACAUUGUCCCAACCUUGUGUUGUUUAAAGAACGUAGCAUGUUAACAUUUUAAAUGAGGUGUCCACAUUUAAAAGUAAUUUUAAUUUGUUUCAGUUUAGUAUAAGAAAUUCUUGUUAGAUAUUAUUUUGUGUUUGUGUUCAAGAAAACUGCGUUUAAUUUAUCGGGUGCUAAUUUAUGCUUAUAAGCAAGAAAUUGUAAGCAAGAAAUGUAAAUGAAAUGUCAAUUUUAUUAUUCACCAAAAUGUUUUUUUUAUAUAAUGGACCUAAACAUCAUUAAAUAAAUCAAAUUAAAGUUUUUGUA